UCUAUAAAUUAAUACAGUUGGGACUAGCAAAAUUAAAUUAAUUUAGCGAAAUAUUAAAUUAUCGAACUAAUGAUUUAGUUGGUUUUUACCGAGUUGGGACCAGAAGAAACUAUUAGUUAAGCGAGGUUAUUAAUUUAUCGAGGUUCUACUGUAUGCAUGAAUAAGGUUAAAAUUACAUUUCAAGUCGGAAAGUAAAAAUUAAACGAUAUUUAACAUUUCAAUCGUAAACUUGUUCGAAAUCUUUUUUAAGGUAAUCAAAGCAGACAAUCGUUCGACUGGAGCAGACGACUCUCGGCAGCAGCUAGAAUAGCCGACGCAUUAGCCUUCAUGCACGAAGAGCUCCAAUACGAAAGAAUCGCACACGGCAACCUUAAAUCCUCGAACAUCCUACUAAACGAGAACAUGGAGCCGCGCAUUAGCGAAUACGGGCUAAUGAGCACCGUCGAGAAUAUUCAAGAACAUUCCCUCUUCAAGGAAGAUACUUACGCUUUCGGUGUGAUUCUUCUAGAACUUCUCACCGGACGAACGGUUCUAAACGAGGGCUUGGAUCUCGCGAGUUGGGUUCUUGCUGUCGUCAGUGAAGAGUGGACCGUCGAAGUCUUCGAUAAGAGCUUGAUACGCGAAGGUGCUAGCGAGGAGAGAAUGGUAAAUGUGUUGCAAGUUGCGAUUAAAUGCGUUAAUAAGUCUUUUGAGUCGAGGCCGAACAUGAGACAGGUGGCGCUAUCGAUUAGGGCGAUAAUCGAGGACGACGAGAAAUCCAUGGAUGCUUCUGAGCUGUCUGUGACUAGGUCAUUCAUUGAUCUUUAGCA